GAGGCUAAUUUAUUACAAAAAGAUCGAAUAUCCUCCAAGAAAUUCCGACUCCUCCUUUUAUUAGACAUCUUUGUACUCUUUUAUUAGUUUGCGUACAAAACAGCGAAUUUUCCUCCCGCCAUAUACGCCUCCGUUUUACUCUUCUAUUAUCAAAUAAAUAAAACCCUGGAAAGAAAAACCAUUCCUCUUUCUUUUUCUUCGUCAUUUUCAUGUUUAAACAAAGUGAAACAAAUUCAUUAUGCUACGUCUCUGUUUAAGAACGCGUCGCUGCUGCUAUUUUCGUUCGCCUCAGCAUUAUCAAUUUCUUAAAAUUCCUCGACUUUUGUCUUCCUCUUCUGCUUCUUCUUCGUCAAACCCAAUCGAACCCCCUGACGAUCUCAAAAAUUCCCUACGGGUCCCACAGCCACCGGUUCUUCACCAGCAACGCCACCUGACACGUCUCUUUUCACUCUCCAAUGUCUCUCUAUCUCGCAAUUCCAUUCUUGCUCUCUCCGCAACCACCGUCCUUUCCGCUUCCCUCGCCUUCUACGCCUUCCAUUCGACGGAGGACCACAAUCAUCACCACCACCCCCACCGCCAAUCCGAUUUCAGGACUCGCAUUGAACAGGUAAUUGAAACAUCGGGUUUGAAGAACGUAUUCCACCAUGUGAAGCAGACCGGUGUGACCGCCUCCAUCCUCUGGCAGUCGCUGAGGUCGGUCUUAUCUUCGGCCAACCACGAGGUUCGCUCUGGCUUCGAGCUUAGGGUUGCAGCGCUGCUCGCCGACAUUGCCGCCGCUAAUGAGAGUCGUAGGGCUGCAAUCGUUGGGGCUGGUGGCGGGGCGGUCGUUGAUUGGUUGCUGGAGUCGGUGGCUUUUCCUCGUGAUUGCUCCGGCACUCAGGCUGAGUCGGCCAGGGCGCUUGCCUACUUGAUUGCCGAUCCUAAUGUCUCCGCCUCUGUGUUCGGAAGGCCUCGCGCCAUUCCCAAUCUUCUGAGGUUUAUCUUUUCCUGUCACCCUCAGCGAUCUAAGAAGCAAUCAAGACGUAGUGCACUGGAUGUAUGUGAUUCUUUGAAAGGUAGAAGCAUGCUUGUGGCUGCAAUCAUGGAUAUCGUCACUUCAAACUGCGAUAGUAUAGAUAAGAUAUCUUUUAAGCCAACUCUUCCAGGAAAUGCUGAAAUGAGGGACAUUGCGGCUGCCAUUCAAGUUAUUGAAGAAGGCGGCAUGCAUUUGGAUGAAUCACAUCAAGAUGAGGAUGAUGAAGAAGAUGGUGGUACAGGAAUGAAGGGGAUUGGUAUGAAAGUUCUUGGGGAUACGGCAGUUUUAGGCCUUUCAAGAACGAGUGCCAGUGGGCUUAUGAAGUUGGGGGAUUCUGAUUCCAGUCAUGUGAAACCUGAGGUGUUUACUCCUAAGAAUGUUGUCCGACAAAAUAGGCAUGAUAGUUCCCUAACACAAAGCGAUUUAUCUUCUUCUGUUGUUCCUGGUCUCUGGGACGAUUUGCAUUGUGAACAUGUUGCCGUUCCUUUUGCUGCAUGGGCAUUAGCGAAUUGGGCAAUGUCAUCCGAUGUCAAUAGAUCUCAUAUACAAGAACUUGAUCAUGAUGGGAAUGCUGUUAUGACUGCUUUAACAGCACCUGAAAGAUCUGUAAAAUGGCAUGGAAGUUUAGUGGCUCGGUUACUAUUAGAGGAUCGUAAGCUACCAUUGAAUGAUUGUGUUUCUGAUUGGGCUUCCAGUCUUCUUUCUACUGUUUCUCAGGCUAGUAAAAAUGAUGAUGUUCCUUUAGUUCAGGUGGCUUUAUCAGCAUUCUUGGUUUCUGUUGAGAGAAACCCAGGAGCACAGAAGAUAGUGAUGGAGAAGGGUCUUUAUCUGAUGAGAGAAACUGCUAAGCGCAUGAGAAGGCAUAAGGAUGUGCAAGAAGCAUUAGCAAAGGCACUGGAAUUGAUAUGUAAUGGGGAGUUGCAUUUGUCUCUGCUAGAGAGUCAAAAGUGGUCUGGUGUAUUGUUAUCUUGGGUUUUUGGAAAACCUUCCUCUGAUACUGUACGUUCAUCAGCUAUAAAAAUUCUUUCACGCAUUCUUGAAGACCAUGGACCAUCUACCAUACCAAUAUCUCAAGGAUGGUUAGCUAUUUUGCUUUCUGAAGUCCUCAGUUCUGACAAGGCAUCAUCAGUUAAAGGGAACAGUCAGCCAAAACCUGACAAGGUGAAGACUCAAAUUGACCAGUCAAACAUUCUUUCCGCUACACAGACUGUUAAUCUAUUAUCAAAUGCGGUUGUUAAUCUAACAGUAAAUCAGCUGGGGACGAGCAUAGGGUCCGAAGAUAUAUUUCCACUUGCUGGUCUUCUUUCUCUGGAACCUUUCACUGGGCCAUUAAAGAAUUUAAAGAAAGAUAGUGUGCCUAAGAUUGAUGCAGCAGAUUCUGCAACAGCAACCCUGAAGGGGAUCAAAGCAUUGGCUGAAGUUUGUGUUGUUGAUUCUUCUUGUCAGCAGAAAAUAGUUGAUUUUGGGGUCUUGUGUUUGCUGAGACGCCUUUUACUAUGUGAUGAUUAUGAGAAACUUGCUGCGAUAGAAGCAUAUGAUGCUUCUAGAAUCCUUGAGGCACAGGACCGAAAUACAAACGGCCCUAGCAAGUCAUCUGUUUCUGUUACUAAUGAUGCACCUAGUGUCCGAGUUCCACCUACAGCUCGCAUUCGUAGGCAUGCGGCUAGGCUGCUGACUAUCCUUUCACUACUUCCUAAAGUCCAGAGAGUCAUUUUAGGAGAUGAGAUUUGGCGUAACUGGCUUGAGGAUUGUGCUAAAGGGAAUAUUCCAGGUUGCAGUGACCUUAAAACACAAAGUUAUGCUAGGGCAACACUUUUAAACAUAUUUUGCGACCACCAACAUGAUGUAGAUUCUGUAAAUGGUGAUAGUCCUGAUUCUGGAAUUGCAAACAGAAAAAGAACUUGUCCUCAUUAUGAUGACAGGAUAUUCUUAAUCAAUCCUGAACUAGGCCACUGGAAAUGUCCUGGAAAAGUUGAUCAAGACACUUUCCAAAAGGAAGUGCUCUCUUCAGCUGAGGCUGUUUCUACUUAUAAUGAACCAGACACAUCUGAUGAUGGAUCAGGAGGAAGAGAGAUGCCAAUUUUUGAUGUUGUUUUUGUCCAUGGCCUUCGUGGUGGCCCUUUUAAAACCUGGCGCAUAUCUGAGGACAAGUCAUCAACUAAGUCUGGCUUGGUGGAGAAGAUUGAUCAGGAAGCAGGAAAGCAAGGAACAUUUUGGCCAGGUGAAUGGCUUUCAGCUGACUUUCCUCAAGCUCGCAUGUUUACACUUAAGUACAAGACAAAUCUUACACAAUGGUCUGGAGCUAGCCUGCCUCUCCAGGAAGUGAGCUCCAUGUUAUUGGAGAAGCUUGUUUCCGCAGGCAUUGGUGAUCGUCCUGUCGUGUUUGUGACUCACAGCAUGGGAGGCCUCGUUGUCAAGCAGAUGUUGCAUAAAGCAAAGUCAGAGAAUUUAGAUAACCUUGUCGAAAAUACCAUUGGAGUUGUGUUCUAUAGCUGCCCACAUUUUGGAAGCAAACUAGCAGACAUGCCUUGGAAAAUGGGCAUGGUGUUCCGCCCUGCCCCAAGUAUAGGAGAGCUGAGAAGUGGAUCUCCAAGACUACUAGAGCUUAAUGACUUUAUCCGUCAACUUCAUAAGAAAAGGUCAAUUGAAGUCCUUAGUUUCUGUGAGACCAAAGUAACUCCAAUUGUUGAAGGUUAUGGAGGAUGGGCCUUCCGAAUGGAAAUUGUUCCCAUUGAAUCAGCAUAUCCUGGAUUUGGUGAACUCGUUGUGUUGGAUUCAACAGACCAUAUAAAUUCUUGUAAACCACUUAGCCGAGCAGAUCCUUCAUACACUGAGACAUUAGAGUUUUUGCAGAAGCUGAAAGCACGUUAUCAUACGUGAAGCAAUGUCUUAGCAAUGUACCAUGCAUAUCAUAGAAUCCGUACAUGAUCGCGGCAGAACUUGAAGCUGAGUUCCCAGAAUUGGGUUUUAAGAGUUGCAUGGAAGCUGCAAAACCGCAUACUUUGACACACUGAACAUUUUCAUCUGCAAGUCAGGUGGCCUGUAGAAUAUCAGAAUACUAACCUGCUAAAAAAAAAGAGAUGAACUUGCGGACUCCUUUUUGAUAUGCCCUGCAAUCUUCAUCCAAUAUUGGUGCACAGCAGAUACCAUUUGUAGGUUCGUACAUCAAAGACUUCCUCUCCAGUUGCGCGCAUUUACCAAUAUUCUUUUCCCCAUUUGAUGUUGUUGUACUAUAUAGAUAAGCCUACCUUGAUUCCGAUAGAUUUAUAGGUUUAAGAAAAAAAGUUGUACAUACUACAACGGAAGAAAGAAAUAAGAUCAAUAUAGGUUGCCUUUUUCUUUCUUUUA